UCUCUCUCUAUCUAGAACCCUACCGCCCAACCAUUACUCUCUCUCUCUCUCUUUCGCCUCUUCUCACUUCAAAUUCGAGACGGCGCGUUCAUUUGAAGUGCUUACAAUCCACGCAUCCCCAAUCCCUAUUUUAUCUCCAGAAAUCCGAAUCUGUAAACCUAUCUCUCUCUCUCUGUUCCCCUUUCUUGAUCUCUUUCUCUCUACACGAUUCAAUGAGGAAGGGUACUAAGAGGAAGGUUAGUCAAAGAGACGAAUCUAAAUCCAAACCUGAAGCAACAACCACCGGUAAGGAGCCUGUUGAGAAUAAUGAGGAAGCAAAUACUUCCGCAGUAGAAGACAUAUAUAACAAAGAAGAAAUCAAGGCAAAUAAACCUGCAGAUGAAUCGAGAAAGCCUGUUGGAAGAGUUAAGGGUAUUAAAGUUAAGAAGUCGGAAGUUGAAACUGAGUACUUUCCAGACAAGCGCAAUUUUGAAGAUCUAUGGCAACAUGCUUUUCCAGUUGGGACAGAGUGGGAGCUGUUGGCUAAAGUUUAUCAAUACAAGUGGGAUUUCUCAAAUCUUGAAAAUGAAUUUGAAGAAGGUGGAGAGCUGAAUGGAAAGAAAGUCUACCUGUUUGGGUGUUCAGAGCCUCAAUUUAUUAAUUUCAAGGGUGAAUCGAAAGUAACAUAUGUACCUGCUGUUGUUGCUGUUGUAUCUCCUUUCCCACCAUCUGAUAAAAUUGGGAUUAAAUCAGUCCAAAGGGUGGAGGAGGAAAUCGUGCACAUGAAACACAUGAAGAUGGAUUGGAUUCCUUACAUUCCCUUAGAGAACAGAUAUUCUCAGGUCGAAAAACUGAAAUCACAAAUUUUUAUUUUGAGUUGUGAGCAGAGGAGGGCUGGCUUAAAACAUUUGAAAGAAGAUCGUAUAAAGAAAUUUGAAUACUGCCUCCCUUAUCUAUACAAUCCAUUUAAGGAAGAUGAAGUUGACCAGGAGACAGUUGUGGAUAUCAUUUUUCCAGCUGAACCGAAACCAGUAUUCUGUGAAUUUGACUGGGAGCUUGAUGAACUUGAGGAAUUCACUGAUAAGCUGAUUGAGGAGGAGGAGUUGUCUGAGGAUCAGAAAGACCCCUUCAAGAAUUUUGUGAAAGAGAAGGUUCGAGAAGCAAAGAGAGCUAAUCGAGAGGCUAGAGAAGCCCGAAAGAAAGCAUUGGAAGAAAUGAGCGAGGAUAAAAAGGCUGCAUUCCAGAAUAUGAGGUUGCUCAAGUUUUAUCCUGUCACAAAUCCUGAUGCGCCUGAUAUUAGUGAUGUCAAGGCUGCAUUUAUAAACAGGUACUACGGAAAAGCUCAUAGAGUUUUCUGAAUACUACGACGACGUCGAGGGUUGGAGCUCUAUAUACAUUGGAGAGGGGUAUAGGACGAGAGGCAGAUGAAAACAUGCUUCAUUUAUCAUCUCGUGUCUUUAUCCUUUUAUCUGUAAACUGAUAUCCGAAGAAGAAGUGAGAAGGGAAAAUAGUAACAGUCAGCAGUAUCAGCAACUUCUAGUUAUUAGUUGGUAAUAUUAUUGUUGUUAUUCUUUUAUCUCAAUUAGGUUUGAAGUUUUGAUGUUCCAAAUUUUGGCAAGAAGUGUUCCAUAAUUGGAGCAGAUAUUUUAUUCUACUUGUUAAAGAACCAUUAACAAGUUCUUUCUA